CCCUUGAUUUAAUCCUUAAAGUAAGAAAAUCCCUGAUUUAGUCCCUAUUGUUUACUCAUUUUACCCCAACUUGGUUCUUCCGUUAAAAAUUGUUCAUUAACUCACAGACAUAUCAAAAAUUUAAGACACAUCAGUCGUACAACCGGAUAAAUGAUGACAUGGUCAUACCCAACACAAAAACAAAAGUGGGACCCACCUAAUUACAAUUUUGCAUCAUCUUCUUCCUCCAACAUCUUCUUUCUCAAAUCUUCCUUCAUUCAGACAAUCAAUUCAAUCAAACAAUUAAACAAUCAAUUCAAUAUCAAACCCAACAGGAACCUAGUGCCUGGGUUCGAGAAGAAACCCAGCACCUGGGUUCGAGAAGAAACCCAGCACCUGGGUUCGAAUGAAACCCAGGUGCCUAGGUUCUCAAAGGACUGGGUUCUCGAAGGACUAGGUUCUCGAAGAAACCCAAGCGCUUGGGUUCGAGAAGAAACGCAGCACCUAGGUUAUUUCGAGAACCCAACGCCUGGGUUCUUCCCAAGGCCUAGGUUCGAGAAGAAACCCAACGCCUGGGUUCUUCCCAAGGCCUGGGUUCCAACGAACCCAACGCUUGGGUUCUCGAAGGAACCCAGCCGCCUGGGUUCAAGAAGAAACCCAGCACCUGGGUUCUUGAAAGAACCCAACGCCUGGGUUCUUCCCAAGGCCUGGGUUCCAACGAACCCAGCGCUUGGGUUCCAACGAACCCAGCGCUUGGGUUCCAACGAACCCAGCGCUUGGGUUCUUGAAGGAACCCAGGCACUUGGGUUCAAGAAGGAACUCAGCACCUGGGUUCGAGAAGGAAUCCAGUGGAGAUUGCUGGUACAAUUUGCCCUCUACUCUUCUAGGGUUCAAAGGGGAAGAAGGGGGAGAAGAUAGUGAGUUUGGGGGGCAAGAAGUGGGCCCCACAAUUUUUUUUUU